UUUACCAAUGAGGAAACCGGUCUAAGGAGAUGAAAAUCACAUAGCUAUCUAGGGAUACAGCUAAGACUAGAACCCUUCUCUUGGGCGGAAUCUUAGCUCCAUUGUAAGCAAUGUGACAUUGAACAACUUCCUUUUUUGCUGAAUUUAAAUUUUCUUAUCUGUAAAAUGGAGAUAAUAGUACUUUCCUCCUGGGGUUGUUAAAUGAGAUAAUUUUAAAAAUAUGCCUGGCACAUAGUUGCUGGGUAAAUGUACCACCUCAAGGACAAGUCGAAAAAACUAAGAAAAUGAGAAUUUAGCUUAGGGAACACAUGCCAAAGUUGAGAGCUGAUCCCAAUUAAUGAGUAGAAUAUUGAUGGAAUUUUGAGUUUGUGGGUUGCUUAGCAACCAAAACUCACUCAAUACCACUGACUACCCAAGUUGUUCUUUUUAAUCAAAGCAAUAAACUGUUCUUAAGGAGUUCAAGGUUGUGAACAGACAAAAGGAUUCCCUUAUGCAUUUGGGGUUGUGCCAGGCAUUUUGAAAAAGUGAUGCCCCAGCUCCUCUGUGUUUUUGCACUUAAACAUCUUGGACAUUUGGAUCCCCCCAAUUCUGUGCCCAUAGAGACAGAAGAUGUUACAAUAUCUGUUAUAUUGGAUAGAGAGUGAGGAGGGAGAAGGCAGAGUGCUUGCACUUCUCUACCAAUGUAUUAAGCCAAACUUAUGGAAUGCUAGGGCUCAGAAAUACAAAAGCAUUUGUCUUUGCCCCUGCUGCCCCUUAGAAUUUCAGUCUAGGAGAGGAAACCAGUCAAUAUUGAAUAAUACAGCAAAUUAUUCAUGAGCGGCUCUCUGUGUCUCCAGCAGUAUUCUAAGAGUUACAGACUGAACAGUACAAGAACAUAUAGGUGAUUCACCUGGCAGUGUUCUUAAAGUCAUUACUUACUGAGAAAAGAAUCACUAUCCAAGAUGAAAAAUCAGGAACUUCAACAACAGCUCCUUUAUUUCCAUUUCUACUUCUGUUGGAAAUACCAAAACAUUUGCAGACUGGAUCCAAAUCAGGAGCCCAGAUGAACUUAAAGAAGCGAGCAUGGGAUUCUUGGUUUUUCAAGAUCCGUACACACGAAGGCUUUAAUCAGCAUCAACUCCAGUGUCCGUUUUCUCUGGUUUUGUGAAGACUGCACAAAACUCUCAUGAUGGAAAACCAAAGGACUUAGUUACCUGUUUCAGUGUCAUCUAAAGUCAACUGAAAAGUGAAGCAGGCAGUAAUACAGCCAUGGAAAGAAAUUCAAGUUUAUGGAAGAACCUAAUAGAUGAACACCCAGUCUGCACAACCUGGAAGCAAGAGGCCGAAGGAGCCAUUUAUCAUCUUGCCAGUAUUUUAUUUGUAGUAGGUUUCAUGGGUGGCAGUGGAUUCUUUGGGCUCCUUUAUGUCUUCAGUUUGCUGGGGUUGGGUUUUCUCUGUUCUGCUGUCUGGGCUUGGGUAGAUGUCUGUGCAGCCGACAUAUUUUCCUGGAAUUUUGUACUGUUUGUCAUCUGCUUCAUGCAAUUUGUUCAUAUUGCAUAUCAAGUUCGCAGCAUAACCUUUGCCCGAGAAUUCCAAGUGUUGUACAGCUCCCUUUUCCAGCCCCUGGGGAUCUCUUUGACUGUCUUCAGAACGAUUGCUUUGAGCUCUGAAGUGGUUACUUUGGAAAAGGAACACUGUUAUGCCAUGCAGGGGAAAACUUCCAUUGAUAAACUCUCCUUGCUUGUUUCAGGAAGGAUCAGAGUGACAGUUGAUGGCGAAUUUCUGCAUUACAUUUUCCCCCUUCAGUUCCUGGAUUCUCCUGAGUGGGAUUCACUGAGACCCACAGAGGAAGGCAUUUUUCAGGUAACCCUCACUGCAGAAACUGAUUGUCGAUAUGUGUCUUGGAGGAGAAAGAAAUUGUAUCUGCUCUUUGCUCAGCAUCGUUAUAUCUCCCGCCUGUUUUCAGUGCUAAUUGGCAGUGACAUUGCAGAUAAACUCUAUGCCUUGAAUGACAGGGUAUAUAUAGGAAAAAGAUAUCACUAUGAUAUUCGGCUACCCAACUUCUAUCAAAUGUCAAGUCCAGAAAUACGCAGAUCACCCCUGACACAGCAUUUUCGGAAUUCCAGACGAUACUGUGAUAAAUGACAUCAAAGUCUGAAAUGUAUAAGUACAAAAAAAGACUCUCUUCAUCAUUCCCCAAAUGAAAUAGCAAAAUACAAAAAAAGAGCUCCCUAAUGUUUUUAUGAAUCAAAUUCAGAAGCGAGAUGCCAUUGCCAACUGUUUUAUUCCUUUCAACAACUGCAUUGUGAAUAAACUUUACAAAUUUUUCUUGUA